AUGUCGCCCCACGGACGAUCGCUCUCUCGGGCGAUAUGCGCUUGGAUGUUGUUUCUUGUCCAGUGGAUCAACUUUUCUCAGGGACUGAGUAUUUCUCCAAGACAAGUCACUUCGCGGACGAGCCCUCCCAACGGCUGUCUUAUUGUAAGGGCUAGUAAUGCACAGUCAGGAGAAUUCACCAGCCUCCAGGCAGCUGUCAACUCAAUCGGAUCCUCCACCGAACCCACCUGCAUUUUCCUCUACCCUGGCACCUACAAUGAGCGUGUGGAUAUCAGGAUCAGAGCUCCUCUUACUCUCUAUGGAUCCACUGUUAACACCAAAGACUACAAAAACAACGCUGUCACAAUCAACAAUACACUUGGAUCUUUCGACGCCGGAUCACUGGACGCAAGCUCCACCGUCAAUAUCAGAUCACCAAACGUCAGCACUUAUAAUAUUAACUUCAUCAACGGGUACACAGCUGGACAGGCCGUUGCGGUCACAGCCAACGGAAACAUGACUGGUUUUUACGGUUGCUCGUUCAAGUCAUGGCAAGAUACGCUCUACGCCAAGAACGGCUGGCAGUACUAUUCCAACUGCUAUAUCGAGGGGGCAGUAGACUAUAUCUUCGGCGAUGGCAGCGCCUGGUUUGGUGAAUGUACCAUUGCGUCCAGCGGCCGUGGAUACAUCACGGCAUCGUCGAGGACCUUCGACAAUGACACAGCUCGCUAUGUUAUUGAUCACAGCACUAUAACUUCGACCGGCCAGAGUGACCUGACAGGCCAAGUUUUCCUAGGUCGUCCUUGGAGAGUCAACGCCAGAGUCAUGUACCAAUAUUCCACCUUGACCAAAGUUGUUAACGCUGAAGGCUGGGCCCCAAUGGCAGAUGGGGCCACUCCAACGUUCCAGGAGUAUCAGAACACUGGCGACGGAGCAGACACGUCGAAGAGAAAGUAUCUCACCCCAGCCAAUGGUGCUGUGCAUAAGCAAGACCUUUGGGGAAAAUCGUACCAGUGGUAUGAUACGAGCUACUAG